GCCGGGCCGGCCCCGCCGCGGGGCGCCGCCCGCCCUGCCCGCCAAUGACGGCCGGGGCCGUCACGGCGGCGCGUCACGCGGGCGGCCGCCAAGAUGGCGAAGGUGUCGGAGAUGUACGACGUGACUUGGGAAGAUAUGCGUGAUAAAAUGAGGAAAUGGAGGGAAGAAAACUACCGAAACAGUGAACAGAUCGUGGAUGUUGGAGAAGAGUUAAUUAAUGAAUAUGCAUCUAAACUUGGAGAUGACAUUUGGAUAAUAUAUGAACAGGUGAUGAUUGCUGCCCUGGACUGCAGUCGAGAUGAUUUGGCAUUGUUUUGUCUUCAGGAACUAAGGCGGCAGUUUCCUGGGAGCCACAGAGUUAAACGGUUAACUGGAAUGAGAUUUGAAGCUAUGGAAAGGUAUGAUGAUGCUAUCCAGUUGUAUGAUAGAAUUUUACAAGAAGAUUCAACUAACACAGCAGCAAGAAAGCGUAAGAUUGCCAUUCGAAAAGCCCAGGGGAAAAAUCUUGAGGCCAUCCGAGAGCUGAAUGAGUAUCUGGAACAAUUUGUUGGAGACCAAGAAGCUUGGCAUGAACUUGCAGAACUUUACAUCAAUGAACAUGACUAUGCAAAGGCAGCCUUCUGCUUAGAGGAGCUUAUGAUGACUAAUCCACACAACCACUUAUAUUGUCAGCAGUAUGCUGAAGUUAAAUACACUCAAGGGGGGCUUGAAAACCUUGAGCUAUCAAGAAAGUAUUUUGCACAAGCACUGAAGCUUAACAACAGAAAUAUGAGAGCUUUGUUUGGACUUUACAUGUCUGCCAGCCAUAUUGCUUCCAAUCCAAAAGCAAGUGCAAAAAUGAAAAAAGAUAAUAUGAAAUACGCCAGCUGGGCAGCUAACCAAAUAAAUAGAGCAUACCAGUUUGCAGGUCGCAGUAAGAAAGAAACUAAAUACUCUUUGAAGGCAGUGGAAGACAUGUUGGAGACCCUGCAAAUCACUCAGUCUUAGGUUCGCACAGAGAUCGAAUAUUAAAUUUUCCAAUUCCAUGAUCAACCUGUAAUGACCUAUGGGUUAUGUUACUCUAGUGCUGUUAAAAGUUAAUUUUGUAUUGAUUAACGUGCUAUCUAAAAUAAUAUUUUAUGAAAAGUAAAAUGCCUAUUUAUUGCUGCUACAAGAAAGGUGAUAAAUACCCACUGAAAUGAGUAACUUAUCCACAUAGACAACAUAAAGAAAUGACAUGUGCUGCACAUCAGUCUCUUCAGAUUUUUGUAUCUACAAUACCUGCUUUUAAGCCAGAAUUUGUAGAAAUAAACUUGUUAAAUUAUUAAAAAAAAAUACAGUGAUUUAUUGGACUUGCAAAUGGCAAUUAUGAAUUUAUGUAUGUAGAUGAAUAACAUGUUAGAAAUUUUUAUCUUAUUUGCCUAUUUAAGAGUAAAAGCAUGCUACAGAUGUACACUUUCUGGUAAAUGUUUACCAUACAGCAAGGAGUGAUUAUGAAUAUACUUUAUUAGAGAAAAAAGAUGCUGUUAAUGGUUUUAUUAAUGAGUUGAUAUCCAGUACUGUAGAAAUGGAGAAAACUUAUUCGUGUACUUUGCUUCAGAGCUGCUCUUGUACUGGCUUAAGGCCAAAGACAUUCUUCUCUGUGGCUUUGUGGGCAAAUGCUUCCACGUUCACAUUCUCUGAUUGGUAUAUGCAAAUGCACUUUUUUUAUUCCUUCUGUGUGUCCUUUGUUGUACAUACGUUCCACAUGAAUUUCAAAACCAUCUGAAUGCAGGGCUGCAUGCUGGUCUGUAUUAAUUUUGUACCUGUGGUAUGGGUACCCCUUCACUGUGGUGUAAGCUAUGGUAUAUUAGCUUCUCCACAGUAACCAAGUGUUACUGCACUGUAAGGGUGAGAUAGCAUGUUCAACUGCCUUGUACUUACUGGAGGAUAAAAGUAUUUUUACACCAUUACCAUGAAGCAUCUAGCACACUGUAAAUCCAUCUUGUAUUUGUCUUUAGGCACUUGUUUAUUUACUCAGAUGAUGAGUCAAAACCCCUAAUUCAGGCAUUUUGCAGUUCUGAUCAUUCUGGAUGUUGUUCAGAUGUAUACUGUGGCCAUUCAGUUGCACAGCUAUCAUUUCAUUUAUUGUGGCUUCAGUAAGAUUGCAUAACAGCAGCAACAUACCCUUGACAAAUUCUUAUAAAAAUAUUGCGAUGUCAUUUUCAUGACUGUUGCCACCAUCCAAGCUGAUUGGAGUUUCAGAUUUUAUACUGUCUACUCUAUAUAGAUGGGUAAGUUAAAGGCUAUGUAUUGAAAUGUCCUUUUUAUGACCCUGGACUUGAUGUAAUGAAAUAAAGCUGAGCUUCUGCUUAAAAACAAAGCAGCAACAAAAACUUCCCCUGUGAGUUCAAAGCUUGAAAAUGUAUGUAACUGAAGUGGUCGUUGCACAAGACUGUGCUUUUAAGAAACACUGAAGAUCUCAUUCCCAUUAUCCAUGAAGUAGGUUGGAGUACGGUAGUGUGACAAGAUGGGUGCUAUGUCAUGGGAAUGAAUUGUAUGUGGAAUCUUAAAUUAACUUAAUUCAGUACUGUUGAAAUACAAAACUGCAAAUACUGCAUAGUAUUAUAUUAAAUCACCCAAUUCUAACUUGGGGAAAUAGUGCAGAUCCUUUUAUAAUAGUAAUUCACAAACUGGCCUCAGAACAGUAUGUGCAAAUAGAUUAUGUAUGUUUCAGGUGGAAAACCAAGAAAAUACCAUAGGUGAACCUAUGUGCUUCUGUUCAGAUUUAUAGUCUUUUACUGUAUGAGUGUGCCAUCUAGAGUUUUAAACCCUUGUUAGUCUUUUUUUAUUUUACCUACAUCUCAAAUAACUUGGUUGCAUUCUAAAAUUAAAAAUGGUGGGAAGCUGUACUGUAGGCUAGAAUUACUUAGCGGUGCAUAACAUAUUACCUCCAAGGUAUUAAAAAACAGCAGUGCAGUAUUGUGCAGCAGGCAUCUAUGCUGCUGGAAAGUGUUGUAUAUAACGUUUUAUGCAGAGGCAACUUUUAACAUAACAAUGUCAGACUUGGGCAUAUAGUGUAUCAUUUUCUCUGUAAGGAGGUUUGUUCUGUUUCUUGUUUUCAGUGUUUUGAUGACAAAUUUCAUCUUAUUUGGCUGCUUAGAAGCUUCUAGUUUUCGCUACUGCUUAGCGUCUUUUUGAAAUUACUUUUUAGCACUCUGAUUUGUGCUUCUAUUUUGGCAUAAUUCCCACAUAGUAGAGCUUACAAAUUGACCUAGGAAAUAUUUCUGACAAAUUUGUAUUUACUUCAAAGAUAAAAUAAAUUACUCCCAUGAAAAUGCAUGGGCAGUCUUUGAUAGAACUAUUGAAUUGCAGCACUGGAAAUGUGGGGGUUUUUCCAAAUUCAAAUGAAAAAAAAAAAAUUAAAAAAAUCCUGUGUGUGCAGGGGAAGUAACUGUAUGAAAUGCCCUGCACUCUCAGCAAGCAAAGGGUACAGAAGAGAAGCUGUGAUAUAAUGUGAUCUUUAUAAAAGUAAUUUUCCAGUUCUAGUAAAUGAUUUUGUAAUACGUCACUGAUGCUGUCUUGCAUUAAAGAAUAGGUUUUCAAAGAAUGGGUUACUUAGUUAACAAAUGAACUUGAUUAUGUUCUGUAUUGUGCUCUGACAGUGACAAAUGCUACACAAAAAUAUUAUCAAGCACGCAGUCUCUUUUUUGCAAAAUAAAAGGUUAUGUUUUCAUAUUGUUUCAGUUGACAGCAAAAACUUGAGACCUUUGCAAUGCCAAACUGUGUAGCGAUGACUUCUGUCUUUAUUUUUUGCAGCCAUAUUUUGAUAAUAGGCUUGAUAGGGAGAGCUUAGUGUUACCUGUUGAAGUAAAGGUCAUUGAAGAGCCAGCAAAACCUCCGAUUCUACCUUUGUAAUCCUAGUUACUGGUGACUUCUUGGAAACCUUUUGUCCAAAUGUUACACAGUUCAUAUUCUGUAGCUGCAAAAAGCACAUCUUGUUUAGAAUAUAUCCCUAAAUCUCUUCAGUUCAGUGCCCAGAAUAUCUUGCUGUUGCUAUUGGAAACUCUGUUAUUAGUCAACGGAGGGCUUCCUCUUGGCAGGGCUGUAUUUGUGAUGGCAUCCAUGUUUGCUAGUCACUGCAUUUACAGUGGAACUUGUAUUUCAGCCAGCUUUAGAAGGGAGGGGAAAAGGAAAGCAAAUUAAACUUGACUUACUGGCAUGAAUUUGUUAGCUUCUUGUUACUUGCACCCUCAUCUUCCAAGAACACCAACUGUAGCUGUAGUCAGGUUUGCAAUAAUAAUUCUUCAUGUAACUCAAGCGCUUCCAUAUAUUCAGCUCUAAAACCAACACUCCAUUAAAAUCUAAACCAUACGGAUUCCAGUGAAGCAGUGCUAUGCGACGUACAUGUAUCCUGGUAUGCAGGGAAAGGGCAGUUCUCCCACCCUCCCUCGAGCUGGUGUCAGAGUGGAAGAGUGUUACAACAGUUCUUGAAUGUGUUUUUGUCCUGAAAACUAAUACUGCUUAAUAUGUCUCGAAAUAUUGCUUAUUACUUGCAUUGCUCAGUGCAUGAAUAGAAUUUUAGGACUAGCUAUUGCUUAACUACACAUACAUGAAUCUACAUGGAGAAUAAAGUACUUGAAAUUA